CAUAGUAAAAACAUCAGGUUCUGUCUAUAGCAGAUACUAAAUCAUGGCAGCUCAAAGAAACAAGCAGUCAUUCUGACAUGUCACAUGUGAUGUCAUAGACAGCUGGAGGCCUGACAUUACACUGACAGCCGCCCGAGCCUUCAGUCUGUUCCAGUGCGAUUAGUGAGAAUAGUGAGAUUAGCGUCUUCUUUUUCUACUUGUCUGAAAUGGAGCUAAAAGGACUGGGGUUCGUCCCCCUCCUGUUGGCGUUUUGGUGUGCGGCCUGGCUUGCCACCAGCUACAUCAUGACGGUCGUCCUCGGCCAUGCAGCCUCGCCACUGAUGAGCAUCAGUGACGUGGGAAAUGUCUUUCCCGAAAGCAUAUUAUUCAGAAUUGGAUUCAUAGGGACGUCCAUUGGCACUUUGGUACUAACCUUUCUUAUUUAUAAGUAUAUGGUUAUGCAUACUGAAGAGUUCAGGGGUCAUCAGGUCCUGAUCCAGAGGAUCCUGCUGGCCAUUGUGUGGGCCUCCUGUUUUUCCACAGCUGUUAUGCAUGUAUUGUCCCCCGAAGAAUAUCCCAGGAUACACUUUGUCAGCACGAUAAUUUCCAUUACAUGUGAAGCCUUAUACUACCUUGGGCAGUCCAUCCAGAUGUAUAAAUUACCAGGAGCAAAAAAAGUCAUCCACCAUAGUAGAUGCACCUGCUGUGGCCUGACUUUUGUCUGUGUAGUUUUCUAUUUUGGAUAUGAAACAUUAAAGGAAUUAUUCCAUAAUGAUGAAGACUGGGACGAGAUCCGUGAAAUCCCCAUCAUAAUCAUCGAGUGGGUGAUGCUUUUACUGAUCCUGAUAAACAUCGUGACCUAUUAUUCCACCAUGCAGAGGUUAUUGUUGACCGUCUCCAGAAACAGCUGCACACUCUCUCUUAGAGUAAAAAUUGAUGACUUCGGGGUGUAGACCACCACGGGGGCCAUCAAGUGGACUUCUGGGAGAGAUACUGCACAGGACACGGAAAACAUCUAAAGAAGAAUAACUGGGGGACUACAUAUGGUGCCAGUAAUCAUGACACAAUAAUAUGAGCUG